CGCACUUCCGGGGGCGCCACAUAAGUCCCGAGCGGAGGGGCGGCGGCGCCGCCGUCGCUGCCGAGCGAGCGGGAGAAGGCUGUGGAUGCGCUGGUACCUCUGCAGGAGCGGGUUAGCAAUGGUCCGUAGUGGAAAAAAUGGUGGACUCCACCUGAAACAGAUUGCAUACUACAAAAGAACGGGGGAGUACCAUCCCACAACGCUAUCAAGUGAAAGAAGUGGAAUCAGAAGAGCAGCCAAAAAAUUUGUUUUCAAAGAAAAUAAGUUGUUCUACAUUGGAAAAGACAGAAAACAAAUGCGCCUAGUAAUUGUCUCAGAUGAAGAAAAAAAAAAGGUGCUUCAGAAAUGCCAUGAAAAUGCUGCAGGCGCUCAUCAUGGCAUAUCAAGGACACUGACUUUAGUGGAAUCUAAUUACUACUGGACCUCUGUUACAAAUGAUGUCAAACAGUGGGUGUAUGCGUGUCAACAUUGCCAAGUGGCAAAGAGUACAACCACCACCACACUCAAGCCAUACCCUAUCAAAGCAGAAGACCCCUGGACAGCGGUAACUGUAGCCUUAAUGGGUCCAUUUAGAGCUACCAAAAGAAGCCACAAGUAUGUCAUAAUCAUGAUAGAUUUGUUUACAAAAUGGACUGUUAUCUUGCCUCUGCAUGAUACUUCAGCAGCUGAAAUUGCUAAGGCAAUCAUCACUGUGUUUUUCUUAUAUGGACCACCUCAAAAAAUGCCUAUUGACCAAGGGAAGGAGCUUGUUCAUCAGAUAAACAAAGAACUUUUUGCACUGUUUGGAAUGAAACAAAUAGUACUGUCUUAUCCUCAAACCGAUGAAGUAAGUGAAAGAACAUGCAAGACAGUCAAAGCUUUCCUUAACAAAUACUGCAUAGAUCAUCCGAACGACUGGGAUGAACAUUUGUCUGCUAUUGCCUAUGCUUUCAAUUUGACUAAUUUGGAUCCAGAUCAAAACACCCCAUAUUUCCAAAUGUUUAGUCGUAACCCGUAUGUUGUUGAACCAAUGAACAUAUGUGUGGAAGGAGAAGACAACAUGUUUGCAAAGAUAUUUGAAGCAACUAGAGGAGCCAGUCGAGCACUUGAAAAAGAGAGAACCUUAGAUGGCCAGGUGGAGAAAACCACUUCAGAUGAACAGAAGCCUAGAAAUAAAAUCAAUGUCAAAAGAAAGCCCAAGCAAUUAAAUACCCUUCAACUUAAAGUUGGUCAUGAAGUCCUCAGACAAAGAAAAAAUUGGUGGAAAGAUGGUCGUUUCCAGUCAGAAUGGGUUGGUCCUUGUAUUAUAGAUUAUAUCACAGAAAAUGGCUGCGCAAUAUUAAGAGAUGCCACAGGAUCCAGAUUGAAAAGACCCAUCAAAAUGUCUCACCUCAAGCCAUACAUAAGAGGGUCCAAUGAAAAAGAUGACCGCUACUUCUUACAAGGUGCAAUAAUUGUUGACCAUGACUACAUUAGCUUAUCUGAGAGACCAUAUAAUGCAGACCAGCAGGACCCUGCUGCUGAAGGGGAAAUAAAUGCCUAUGUGAGAGGUGUCACGUCUGCUGUGCAAACACUACCUUCAGCCUGCAAAGACCAAGAAUCAGCAGAUAGUGGACAUCAGUCUGAGUUGACAGAAGAUCAUUGCGUUGAACCGAACAGUGCAAAGCAAGAACAAUGGCCUUCACCUUGCUGGACACUUCAGACCAAGCUAGAAGAUACUUAAGCAGUCUUGUUACUUUUCAUUGACAAACAGUUUGGAGCACACAUGGCAGACAGACAAAGUUUGAAUAGCUCUAAGUUCCUCAGCCAAAUCCACUUUGCUGUAUGAAUUUAAGAAUACUGAAGUGGGCAUUAAAAAGCAAUCACUCUGUUAACAAAAUGUAGGCGCAACCUGGUAAAAGCACAUGUCCUAGUGUAUAUACUUAAAAACAAGUAAAUGGCCAGUGUUAAUUUAAGUGGACAUUGAGAAGUAAGAAUUACCAGUACUAUCACAAUAUGGUAAAAGCAUGUGUUCUCAUCAUGCUUUUGUAGCUCAGUUUCUAUUAGUAAAAUGAUUAUAAGGCCCAGCCUUACUGUUACCCUCUUAGCACACAACAACAUUUCACUGUAAUGACCUUUUCAUUAGUCCUCAUACGACUCAUUCCUAACUGGUAGAAAUGUUGUGGGAUAAAUAUAAUCUAAACAAGAGAAAUUCUGUCUUCCCUGUAGAAGGGCAAAAAAAACCUGAUAUAACAGGAACAAGAAGUUCCUGUUAUAAAACUGUUUUUUGUUUUUCAUGAGAAGCUGCAAGCUCUGAUUUUUACAUCUUUGAAUUUAUACUCUAGUCCACAGCUCUAAGGUGCUACAAAACUGUAAAGCUGCCAAAAGUACAGGUAAUGUUUUGCAUAUGGAACAGCGAGGCCUUCAGCUGCUCCCUGCUCAUCAAAACUCUGCUAGGAGAGCAGUUUUUGUUCCUCACGCAUGCCAAAAUCAUAGAGCAGUCAGCAUUCAUUUGUUCUUUUUUCACAAGCAUCUGGUUUCCCUGAGUGAUACAUCUUCCCAGAGCUAGCAUAGAUUGGGAGAUUUCUGCUGAUGGUGCCCAGGGAAAGGUGAGGGAUGGUGUUGUUCAUUCUCUGAAUUCAUUGAAUAAGUUGUUGCAGGCCUGGACUUCCUGCCAAGAAGACUGUAUUUCAUGGUAAGAUUAAAAUGUGGCUGUUCCUAAAGUCAGCUGAGCAAAAACUCUUGUAGAAAACUGAUGAGUGCAAGCUGCUCCGUUUAUAAGGGAUUGACAGGAAGAGGAUGAAUGCUAGCAAGGGGCUGAAUUUAGAAAUGGAGUAGCAUCCAUUUAAUACUGCAGAAGACUUGCUUUUCCUGUUCUCUGAACACCUCCGUUCCUUACCGUCUCUGCUGCUGGAUAUCAUAUGGCAUUUAAUGCAGGUGGCUUUUAGAUUAAAGGACUAGUUAUAAUGGUAGUCUUUACACAAAACCUGGAAAAGAAAAGUAUUAUUUAUUAAAGGCUUUCACUAAACUUAGGUAAAAAGAUUUUAUCCACAAGUCUGAUUAGAUACUAAGUAAUGUGGGAACUCAUGCCUUUUACAUGGCAUGCCUGUGGUGUAAUGGUUCAACACCAGAUGAAAGAACAGUAUUCCAGCAUCUGAUCUUAAAAUCCACCUAAAAAUGCUUUCUUUUUCCUGUGUAUGUUUUCCCCAUUAAGACUGUUUCAGAAGGCAGGAGCUGGGCUCACAGGCUUUGCCAGCAAAGCUCUAUUUAUUGCUCAUGCACAGUUCCAUGGAGCUAUUUUCUGUGGUGGGUGCAUGGGGGAGCUCUGGCGUAACACAUGCU